AUGACUCACUACUCUCAACGCAAAGAUAUUCUUCCCCUUACUGGCGGUUGUAACUGCGGUCUUAUUCGUUACCAACUCUCCCUUCAUCCUCUCCUUGUUCACUGCUGUCACUGCACCGCUUGCCAGCGUCAAACAGGCUCUGUUCUCGCCCUCAACGCCAUCAUCGAGUCCACAGCUCUCAGCCUCAUCCCCUCAGCGCCGCCCACGGUAGCCGGUACAUCUGCCAAUCCAGAUCCAGUCCCCACAAACGUUCAGCCUGCUUUUGCACGCAUCACUUCAGCCGAGUCCGCUAUCCGUGAGCCCCAGCCCCAGGCAAAGACUUUAUCUGUGUGUCUCCCGACAGAAUCUGGUGUGGGACAAACAGUGGUCAGCUGCCCGGCCUGCCACACUGGCUUAUGGAAUUAUUAUGCGGAUGCAGGGCCUCACGUGUCGUAUAUACGUGUUGGAACCCUGGAUAGACCUUGGGAGAUUGAAGCUGAUGUGCAUCUUUUUACACGCAAUCGCCCAACCUGGAUGACUGUCAACGAUGGCAAGCCUUCCUUCGAAGAGUACUAUGCUAAGCGGGGGGGUCUCUUGAGAGACGAUGCUCUCAAGAGAUAUGAGAUGCUCAAGCCCAAGAUCAGUGGCAUGUGGGCCGAGUUGAAGGCUGGCUGGCAGUAA